AUGGCCGGAAGCAAUGAGAAGAUCCGACGAGUGGCCGUGAUCGGCGCCGGAAUUAGUGGCGUCGUCUCGGCAGGUCACCUUUUGGCUGCGGGCCUGGACGUCACAAUUUUUGAGAGGAAUAAGGCUCCUGGUGGUGUGUGGCUCUACGACGAACGGCGACCACUCGAACCCGAGUAUCCAUCUAUGAAGCCUUCGGAGGCUGAGAGAACGGGCAAACGGUCUAACGAUGAUGAAACCAAAAUAGUCUUGGAACAUGCUCCUCCGGGCCCGUGCUACGAAGGACUCAAGAAUAACGUCUCCACUCCGUUGAUGCGAGUCAAACUCAAUGCUUGGCCCGAGGGAACCCCAGAUUUCGUCAGCCAUACGGUAAUGCAAGCGUAUAUCCAAGAUACAGCCAGAAAGGCAGGUGUCCAUGAUGUGACGACCUACGGGGCGCGGGUGAAAAACAUCUCGAAGGAGGGAGAGACAUGGUCUGUGACGUGGUCGAGUCUGCGUGAAUAUGGCCAGCCUGGAAGGGUUGAGGAGGUGGAACAGAUCUCGACGUUUGACUCGGUGAUUGUCGCGUCGGGACAUUAUCAUGCUGCCCGGGUGCCCGAUAUAGCCGGUUUGUCGGAGGCCAAGUCGAAAUGGCCAUCGCGGAUCAUACAUUCCAAGGGAUAUAGGAAGCCGGAUGAGUUUAAGGAUAAGAAUAUUUUACUCAUUGGUGGAGGUGUAUCUUCGGUCGACAUAUCGCGAGAGAUUGGAAGCGUUUCCAAGAACGUCUAUCAGAGCACUCGAAAUGGCGAGUUCGAUCUCUCUCCGACCAUGCUUCCUGAAAACGGAGUCCGAAUCAGCGAGGUGUCACACUUUGAGAUACAGGAUGACGACCAGGAGAUAUCGGACAACGAUUCUAUGCCCAUCGUAGCACAUCUCAAGUCAGGACAGAGACUUUGCGGACUCGACGGCAUCAUCAUCGCAACCGGCUAUCACAUCACCCUCCCCUUCCUACCCGAAUAUCACAACGACGAAAUAUCCCCGGAGAAGGCCGACGACCGAAUUCUAGUCACAGACGGAACACAAGUACACAAUUUGCACAAAGACAUCUUUUACAUCCCCGACCCAACGCUGAUAUUCAUCGGAAUUCCAUAUUAUACCGCGACGUUCACAUUGUUUGAAUUCCAAGCGAUCGUCGUGACGGCAGUUCUAUCCGGCAUCGCGCAACUACCAACAGAGGCAGACAUGAGAACCGAAUACACCGAGCGCGUGCAGCGCAUCGGAGCCGGCAGAAAAUUCCACUCGUUAAAGGACAUCGAGGAGUUUUACGUCGAGGACAUCCUAGGCUGGGUCAACCGUAAUCGGGAAAGUCAGGGACUUCCGAUAAUUGAAGGACACACGCCGAUCUGGCAUGAGGCCAAAGCCGCGCAGCGAGAACGGAUCAAAAACCUUUUCCAAGGGACCGCGGAAAGACGAGAUAGCGGGAUCGGAGAGCUUCCGGUGCUAGAGGAGAAAGGAUUUGCAAACGCAAGGGAAAUGGCACCAUCAGCAGCCGCGACGGAGGAACGCGCCGUUGAUGCGUCCAUCGACGUUGUUCAGAAAUCCCCAAAGAGGAAAUGGGUCAGUUACAUUUGGGACACGUUUGAUAAAUCGCCCGAGGAGAGAAGGUUGUUGUUCAAGUUGGACACGGCUAUUUUGACGUUUGCUUCGUUAGGGUAUUUCAUCAAAUAUCUGGACCAAAUAAACAUCAACAAUGCUUUCGUAUCGGGAAUGAAAGAGGACCUGAGCCUCUACGGCAACGAGCUCAAUUACAUGCAGACCUGCUGGACAGUUGGCUAUGUUCUUGGGGAAAUACCCAGCAACAUCAUCCUCACUCGAAUCAGACCUCGGUAUUGGAUUCCGGCUAUGGAACUUCUAUGGACAGUCCUCACAUUUUCCAUGUCAAGAUGUAACACUGCGACGCAAUUCUACGUUCUUCGGUUCUUCGUUGGACUGGCGGAAAGUACCUUCUACCCGGGCAUGCAAUACAUAAUCGGAUGCUGGUACCGCAAAGACGAGCUCGCGAAGCGAUCGUGUAUCUUCCACACCAGCAGUGGGAUGGCAAGUAUGUUCUCGGGGUAUCUCAUGGCAGCAGUGUAUAACCUGGAAGGAAAAGGAGGGUUCCGUGGAUGGCAAUGGUUAUUCAUAGUCGACGGAAUCAUCUCCAUCCCUGUCGCUUUGAGCGGAUUCUUCGUACUCCCGGAUGUCCCUGAGAUCAGUAACCCGUGGUAUCUGAGCAAGGAUGAGAUUGCACUCUCGCAGAAACGAAUGCAAUUGGAAGGGCGGAAAUCUCGAGAGCCUUAUACCAAGGCAAAAGUGAAGAAGAUCUUUACAUCGUGGCAUAUUUAUGUGCUGACCCUGUUGUAUAUGGCCUUCAAUAAUGGUGGCGCAGGUGGACAGCCGAUUUUUCAACAGUAUCUCAAAGCCUCCAAAGACCCCAAGUACUCGGUUGGGCAGAUCAACGCCUAUCCAACCACAACGAGUGCCGUGCAGGUUGUCACUACACUGAUAUAUGCCUGGACAUCCGACUCCGUUCUAGGUGGCAGACGCUGGCCCCCUAUUCUAUUCGGCGGUGCCGUGAACCUAAUAUGUUACAUCUCUCUUGCAAUCUGGGACAUCCCUGAAGGCUGGAGAUGGGCGUGCUUUAUAAUGUGCGGUGCAGGAUUCGGCCUAAGUGGGCUCUGCAUGGCAUGGGCGCACGAGAUCUGCUCCGACGACAACGAAGAACGAGCGCUCGUAGUCGGAAGCAUGAACGAAAUGGCCUACGUGUUCCAGGCUUGGUUACCGCAGGUCGUGUGGCAGCAGGUCGAUGCACCGCAGUACCGCAAGGGUUAUAUCGCUGUCACAAUUAUAUCAACGAUCAUGAUUGCGACAGCGUUGGCCACAAGGACUUUGCAUCAUAGGGAGAAUGCACAGAAGGCGUUAAGGAAACAAAAAGAACCGCAGGAAGAAGGGAGUAGUUUGGCGAGCUCGCCGAAGGUUACGACCGCUGAGCAAGAGACGCCAAAGCUCUAG